AUGCCCCUAUUUGGAAAGUCACAAAAAGGACCUGCAGAAGUAGUAAAGGCUUUGAAGGAGGCUGUCAACUCUCUUGAAAAGGGCGACAAAAAGGCUGAAAAAGCGCAAGAAGACGUUUCAAAAAAUUUGGUUUUAAUUAAGAAUAUGCUUUAUGGCACUUCGGAUGCUGAACCUCAAACUGAUAUUAUAGUGGCACAGUUAGCUCAAGAACUGUACAAUAGUAAUUUACUUCUAUUAUUAAUUCAAAACCUUAAUCGAAUUGACUUUGAAGGGAAAAAGGAUGUGGCACAAGUUUUUAAUAACAUUUUAAGAAGGCAGAUCGGUACUAGAUCUCCUACUGUAGAAUAUAUUUGUACCAAGCCUGAAAUUUUGUUUACGCUUAUGACUGGUUAUGAACAUCAAGAAAUAGCUUUAAAUUGUGGUACCAUGUUACGUGAAUGUGCGAAGUAUGAAGCUUUGGCAAAAAUUAUGUUGUAUUCAGAUGAUUUUUACAACUUUUUUCGGUAUGUGGAGGUAUCUUCUUUUGAUAUAGCUUCUGAUGCAUUUUCUACUUUUAAGGAAUUAUUGACUAGACAUAAAAUUUUAUGUGCAGAUUUCCUAGAGAUGAAUUAUGAUAAAGUAUUUAACCAUUAUCAGCGGCUUUUAAAUUCAGAGAAUUAUGUGACUAGGCGUCAGAGUUUGAAAUUACUUGGAGAAUUGCUGCUGGACAGACACAACUUUACGGUAAUGACAAGGUACAUUUCAAAUCCUGAAAAUUUAAAGCUUAUGAUGAAUAUGUUGAAAGAAAGUUCCAGGAAUAUUCAAUUUGAAGCCUUCCAUGUUUUCAAGGUGUUUGUUGCCAAUCCAAAUAAACCGAAACCAAUCCUCGACAUUUUGUUGCGGAACCAAGAAAAACUUGUUGAAUUUUUAAUGAGAUUUCAUACAGACAGAGCCGAGGACGAACAAUUCAAUGACGAGAAGGCAUACCUAAUUAGGCAAAUAAAGGAAUUAAAGCCUAUACCCGGACAUUAACAAUUUUAACCUAUCAGUACUUGUCAUAAUUUUUUUACCGCUACUUCUUUAGUAUGGCAAAAAUCAACUAGACAUAUCGAUUUUUAAACCUACCUUUCCGUUUUAGUUAUACAUUCAAAAAUGUUGUACAUUGGGUACAUAUUGCGCAGUUUUAACUUAACAAGAAUUUAUAGGUGCUUAUUCAAUUACAACUCUAGUUGGUUUUUGUAAUUUUUAUGUGACUUUUUUUUUAUUAUCGCAUAAUUCCUGCCAACUGUUACGGUUGAAUUAGGUAUGUAAUGUUAGGUUUCUGUGAACUAUUAAAUUAUGGUAAUAUUGUAUUUAUAUUUCUAAAAUAAUUAAAAUAAAGAUUGAUAGAUUGUU